CUGAUUAUGCAACAGCGCCGAACUUUUUGAUAUGACGAAAUCCGGCCCGCAACUACAUACGAGGAAGAAACACACAAGAAAGACGCACAGGGUACGUGCUCGAUGUUUUUUUAUACUUUCCUUUGUCCCAAUAGUCCAGUAUCCCACAAUCUUUUACUGCAUUGGCAGACUAUCAUUUAUCUCCAUUCUCUUCCCGCGGAAAUGAUGUAUGUUUACGUGACUAGUAGCAGCUGCCUCGAAGUCAUGCUUAGAGUAUGGCAAUUUUACGAUUGUAAGAUACAUGCUAGGUUCAAAGCGAUAACAAAACUCAUGCGUUUAGAUGAUGGUUCAAUCUAUCCGAAUAACCUUAUGUCCGGAAGGCUUCGCCUUCCCAUCCUGACAAGCGUUGAUAUGCUAUAUCGCUCCUAUGUGUGGGGCUAUUCUUGUCCUGUUGGACUCGAUUUGAAGCUUGAAAGUUGGGACCAAUGCCACAAAGCUGACAUAAAGUGUAGCCGGCGAUGUUCGAGCAUGGCAGAAGGAGUAAAUGUAUACAUCCUUCGGAAUCCAAAACAGAUUCGCCAGUAAUCCUGUCGGACUAAUCUCCGAUGGCUUGGCUAGCCAGGCUAGGACUAUCAUCACGCAAUGGUGCGUACACGUACUCGGUACAUACCGGUAUCGUAAUAUCUUUCAG